AUGAGUGAUAUAUCAUCAUCAUGGGAAGAUCUUAUUAUUCGUCAUAGUGAAACAAAAUUAAAAUCACGUACAUGUAGUAUAUUCAAUAUUAAUUCAAGUUUAUCAACUGAAUCAGAUAAAUUAUGUCCUUGUGAUCGUAUGAUUCGUCGUCAUAGUUUAAUUGGUGAAUGUUUACAAUCUAAAGCGGCUGCAAAUGGAAAUACUACAUGGGAACCUCCAACGAAAUUUCUUGAUAAUGCAAGUCAUUCUACAAAAGUUCCUAUUAAUGUCUAUGGAACAUUACAAUCUGUUGGAUGUAAAUUUAUUCGAGUUGAUAGUCGAGUAGCAAUCAAAGAUUUAUUUCAAUUAGUUCUUGAAGAUUCUGGUGGACAAAAACCAGAUUUAAUUAUUAGUGUUUAUGGAGGUGCUAAAUAUUUUACAAUGACAGAACGACUUGAAAAAGAAUUUAUUAGAGGGGUUAUUGAUGCUGCUACUAUGGCUGAUGCAUGGAUUCUUACUGCUGGUAUCAAUAAUGGUGUAUCAAAAUUAGUUGGUGAAGGUAUUUCACAUUAUCGUUUAUUACGAGAAUAUUCAAAUAAAGUUAAAUGUAUUGGAAUGACUAUGUGGGGUACUAUUAAUGAAACUACACGUCUUGAACUUAAAGGUGCAUCACAAGGAUCUCCACGACCAUUAUGUCAACGACAAAUACCAGAAAGUGCUCAAGAAAAUAAAGAGACAAUUGAAUUGAAUCAUACACAUUGUAUUCUAUUCGAUAGUGGUCGAUUAAAUGAAUAUCUUAGUGAUUCACAACGUCAUCAAUUUGUUACUGAAGCAUGUGAAGAUAAAGAAGAUCAACAUGCAUGCCUAGGUAGUCUUGAAAUUCUUGAAAAUGAUAUUCAUGGAGAACGACCUAUUGUUUUAAUUCAAGGUAGUGGUCGUAUUGCUGAUGUAUUGGCUACAUUAGUCGAACAAACAUCUAAUCCUGAUGGAACUCAAGAUUGGGAUCCAUCUAAAAACGAAGUUGAACAAGCACUUGAUCGAUUUUAUCCUAAUAUUGCUUAUUCAGAUAAAACUAAAAAUAAGAAAAAAAGUGUUGAAAAUACGAAACAAAAUGGAAAUGAAUUAUUAGAACAAGUAAAACAACGUCGAAAUGAUGAAGAUAAACUCGUAGAUUUGGCAUUGAAAUGGAAUUAUUUCGAUGGGGUCUUACCAAUAUUACAAGCACGACAAGGUGAAAUGGCAAGGAAAAAACAUGAUUUUAUGAAGGCUGAUAUAGCACGACAAAAAGCAUUAUUCUUAAAAUCUCUUGAAAAAAAUCGUGCAACAUUUAUUGAAUAUUUUUUAAGUGCUGGUUUUGAUCCAUUAACAUUAGCUGAAAAAGAUGAUAUUUAUAGUUAUCAAUUGGUUAUUUUAAAUUUAUAUAACAAAAGUUAUCAAGCAAUGAAUGUGGCACAUAAAAGUCGUGUAAUGAUAUCAUUUGGUACAUUACCACUUGAAUCAAUAAAACAACUUGAUUACAGAAUAAAUAAACUUAUUGGUUCAUUUUUUGGUUCAGUUUAUUCCGCUAAUGAUGAUAGUUUUAAAAAUCGUCUUAAAAUCGAUUUAAGUAAUCGUAUGUGUACUUGUUGUGUAUCAGCACAUGAAGAUAUCGAUGAAUUAACAUCUAUUCGUGUUCACGGACAACUUACACAUGCACAGAGUAAAUAUACAAAACAUCAUAUGUUCCGUGAUCUUUUUCUAUGGUCUGUUUUUAUGGAUAUGCCUGAAAUAACUAAAGUAUUAUUUCUUCAUGUUCGAUCUCGUAUAUGUGCAGCUUUAAUAGCUUCAGCUAUAUUUAAAAAAUAUGCUUCAUUAUCUCAUUCAGUUGAUAUGACAGAUAAAUUUCAACUUCAAGCAUUAGAAUUUGAAACAUAUGCAGCAAUUUCUUUGGAUAAAUGUUAUGAAUGUAAUGAUGAACGUGCAUGUGAAUUACUUUUACGACAAUUACCAAUUUUUGGUAAUGUUACAUGCAUGCAGGUUAAUUUAAUUUUUCUACAUUAA